AUGAGAAGACGAGAUCAUGCGCCUGCCCGACAUGGACAACUUUCGUCGACAGCACGGGACUGCGGCGUGACUGAGAUAGGUGGACAACACAUAAUUGACGGAAAAACAGCCAAAGCGAGGAUGAGGCUAACAACGGCAGAUAAAGGAUCGUCGGCAGAGACCAGUGCGGCUGCGGAGCGGCACUAUACGGUAGAGCCAUGUGGUUGUAGAGUCGGUGAAAUCCCACAGCUCCAACGUCGUGAGCGGCUGUCGGGCACCGUCGGCUUGGAUGGGGUGGAUGGGGACAGAGCAUCACGACGAAGGGUCCGUCGCCUCGGCAUUUUUAGUCUUUGGAGUAAUUUCUUAUUACUGUUGGCGGUGUCGAGCUGUGUCGGGAUAUGUUUGGAGUGGCGGUGGUAUGAUAUUGUGACAGUGUUGGCGGGUUACCUGCCGGAGCCGAAGCUGGCGAUGGAAGCCACUGGGAUUAUGAUACACACGACAAGCCUAAUGUAUAUUAUGCCGAUGACCAUGGCGGGUUGUGUCUCCGCCCGAAUGAGCACCUCUAAUUGGAAUGAAUGCGACGAUAAGGGUAUUAACGAGAGGCCACAGAGGAGGAAGGCCACGAUGAGGGCCGAAGAUCUCUUGGACGCGCGCUCGAUGGCCUGA